AUGAGAGAGAAUCAAACUGGAUUCGAUCUGUGGGAGAAAGUCAAUGGGACUUCGUUCUUUAUUACUGCCGUGCAGCACAAGGCUCUUGUCGAGGAACAGACCUUUGCGGAAGCGCUGGGGCAGACUUGUGACGGCUGCGCUGUUGCGCCGGAGCUCUUGUGUCAUCUGCAGGAGUACUGGAAUGGAACCGCUAUCGUUUCGAACUACCCUACCGCGAAUGAUCCUAAGGGACGCAGUGGUGUGGAUAUCAACUCUGUUCUCACGGCUAUUAACACCUUCGAUCCGGCUGCGGGGUGCGAUGAUGAUGUUACCUUCCAGCCGUGCUCUGCGCGCGCGCUGUCGAAUCAUAAGGUUCUCGUUGAUAGCUUCCGGGCUAUCUAUGAUGUUAACCAGGGUAGGACUGCUGGACAGGCGGCUGCUGUGGGGAGAUACCCGGAAGACGUUUUCAUGGGUGGGAGCCCUUGGUACCAAACCCUCGCAUCCGCAGAGAUGCCCUACGACGCCCUCCACCAAUGGGACCACCAGCACACUAUCCACAUCACAAACCUCUCCCUCCCAUUCUUCAUGGACCUCCUCCCCGGUAUCAAGACAGGCGUGUACCCCAACGCAACCCCGACCUACCAGAAGAUCACCAACGCGGUGCGCAGCUACGCAGAUAGUUUCAUUUCCGUAGUGCAGGAGUACACUCCUGCUAACGGAGGACUGCCGGAGGAGUAUAACCGCGACACGGGGGUCCAGGUUUCUGCUCCGGAUCUUACCUGGUCGUACGCGGCGUUUUUGACUGCUGUUGCUAGACGCGAUGGGUCGGUGCCGCCAUCUUGGGGAUCGUCUGCGGCCCUGAAGGUUCCUGGGAAGUGUACUAGUGCCAGUGUGGAGGGAAGCUAUGCGGCUGCGAAGCUUUCGUGGUAA